GAUUGUAUCGUUGGAUUUCGUGGUUGUUGGGAUUGUAACAUUGAGUCAUAUUGUUUGUAUUUUUAUCAAACCAAGACAGUUUCGUUUCAACAAAGCAUGAAUAGUUCAAGGGAAGAACUUAUAGAACUAACGGAAUUCAAAACACCGUUUAAAGAUAAGAAAAAAGUUAACAAAAUCGACUUAGCUCAUUCUGUUACUUCAGUGAGUACGGCAAACAGCGAGGAAUCAAAUAUAAAAAAUAUAUUCUCCGUCACACCCAGGAAACAAAAUGGUACUAACCCGACGAGUCCUGAUAGACAGACAGUUUCCGAGAUAUCUGAUGAAGUUUUCAUGGUGGGGCCCAGCACCAGUAAAACUUCGAAAUUCAGGAAAACUUACAAAGAGAAAAUUUCUGAGCACCUCCAGAAAAUCAAAGAAAGGGCUAGUACGCCAUCAUCUCAUGGUGCUACAAGAGGAGGAAAAAUUCCAGUAGAAAGGAUAAGGAAGGAGAGUGAACAUUUGGAUGCCGAAGUUGAAAAUGUCAGAGCUAAAUUCAAUUUGGGCGGAAAUGAUCAGGAGAAAUCGAAUUUUUUCAAUUUUGAUGCAAAAGAGCAGGAAGAGAUUAUCGAUGAGAAAGAUCUGUAUCUAUAUGCUCCACCAGAACGAGUUAAAUUCAACAUUGAUUUAGCUGAAAAGGAGCAUUUUUUCACUCCUAGGAGGUAAA